AACGGACGGAGAACAUUAGCAAACAUUAACAGACCUGUGGACUUGGGCAUUUGAUGUGAUUACACCAAGUGGAGCACAUAUAUUGUGUGUUUUUUGUCAAUAUGAAAAGCAGCGAAGAGAAACUCAUCAAUCAGGGUGUGGAUGAUGAGAUGGAGGUGUUUGGGUACCGGCCCUGCCUGUGGAAGAUGAUCCUGGUGGGUGUCGGUGCAGUUUGCUCUGGUGGUCUCCUCCUGCUGCUGCUCUACUGGUUGCCCCAAUGGGGCGUCAAAGCGACCUACACAAAGUCCUCACUGAGGGAGGCACAAAUACUUCUGCUCAGGACUACGGACAAAUUCAAACAGUGGAUUUGUGUCAAAGUACAUGUGAUGAUGGCGGCAGGGAAGACCCCCUUUGAUCAUUUCAAUCAGCAGUCAACAAAUCACCCGCUGAAUGGAGAUGACCAUCAAGGUCCCAAGACUGAACAUGAGGAACAAAUACGGAAGCUCAUCCCUAGCGAGUCUGUCAAGUAUAUGAAGCCAACUACAUUACUGACGGCCCCCCUCUCUUCAGUCCACUACUUUACCCACAACAGCAUCAAAUACUACUGGAAUGAAGGGACACAGAACUUUGAACCAUUUAAUGGCUUAGAGGACAUCAAGGUGAGCUGUGCAGCUAUACACAGGGACCACAGCUCUGGACUCCCGAAAACACAACAGCACUACAGAGCUUUGUUUUUCGGCAAGAACGAGAUUGACGUACGCGUGCCAUCUUUGUUAAAAAUCUUUGUAAAAGAGGUUCUGAAUCCAUUUUACGUCUUCCAGCUCUUUGCUCUUAUUCUGUGGUCCACUCAAGACUCCUACGAUUAUGCUGCGGCCAUGGCAUUAAUUUUUUUAUUUGCAAUCGCUUUAUCUCUGUACACCAUUCGAAAGCAACACGUUAGGCUGCAUGACAUGGUGGUGGAACACAGCAUGGUGAGAGUGUCUGUGUGCAGAGGAAAAAAAGCCUUUGAGCAAAUCAUGUCGACUGAGCUCGUGCCUGGUGAUGUCAUCGCUAUUCCGACCAAUGGGAUGAUCAUGCCAUGUGACGCCGUGCUUCUCUGUGGCACCUGCACAGUAAACGAGAGCAUGUUGACAGGAGAGAGCGUACCUGUUAUGAAGACCAGUUUACCAGGUUUUGGCAAGGAGGCAAACAAGAUUUAUAAUUCAGAGGAACACAAGCGACAUGCCCUCUUCUGUGGCUCACAUGUGAUCCAAAGUCAUUUCUAUGCUGAUGAGCCGGUGAAGGCGGUCGUGGUCAGAACCGGCUUCAGUACAGAAAAGGGUCAGCUUGUGCGUUCCAUUCUCUACCCGAAACCCACCGACUUCAAACUGCACCGUGAUGCAACACAUUUCCUGAUGUGUAUGGCGGGCUUGGCAAUGAUUGGCUUCAUCUACACCAUCACUAUCGAUGUCCUAAAUGAGGUUCAUAUUCAGGGCAUCAUCUUCGACACUCUGAAUAUCGUUAUUAUCGCUGUGCCCCCGAUCUUACCCGUGGCCUUGUCUGCUGGUAUUGGGCACGCACAGAGACGCUUGAAGCGCGUCGGCAUCUUUUGUCUCAGUCCGCAAAGGAUCAACAUAUGUGGUCAGCUGAACCUGGUCUGCUUUGACAAGACUGGAACUCUUACUGAGGAUAGUUUGGACUUGUGGGGUAUUCAGAGAGCUGAAAAUGGAAGUUUUCUACCUCCAGACACCGACGUGUCAACAAAGAAUCUGCUCAACACUUGUUUUGCUGCCUGCAUGGCAACAUGCCACUCACUGACCACCAUAGAGGGCAAACUCUUUGGCGACCCUUUGGACCUCAAAGUGUUCAGUGCCACAGGCUCGAUUCUCGAUGACGCCAGAGAGGAACAUAUUGCCCUUUACAAAAUCAAUAUUUCCACUGUUGUGCAACUUCCGCAGCAGGUAAUCCAUAAAUCAAUUCAGUGAUUGAUGUUAUCCUGUAUGGCUCUUCUUAAAUGUAAUAUAUUAACAUUCAACUUUCAGUCCGGUGAAUUUGGCAUUGUGCGCCAGUUCCCCUUCUCCUCAGCAUCGCAGAGGAUGAGUGUGGUGGUCCGGCAGCUGGGACAAAAACACUUGGAUGUCUACCUAAAAGGAGCACCAGAGACUGUGGCUGACCUUUGCAGACCAGACACAGUCCCACAGAGUUUCAAAGAGACUUUGGAGUCUUACACCCGGCAGGGGUUUAGGGUUAUCGCCCUGGCACACCUUCAACUGGAGUCCGAACUCUCCUUGCCACAAAUCCAUAGCCUCAGCCGAGAGCAGAUAGAAACCGACAUGGACUUCCUUGGUUUGAUCAUCAUGCAGAACAAAACCAAAGAACAGACUAACGGUGUUUUGCUUGAUUUAAGACAAGCCAACAUUCGAACUUUAAUGGUGACAGGUGACAACUUGUUGACUGCAAUAUCUGUGGCUCGAGACUGCGGGAUGAUUCAAGCCCAUGAGAAAGUUAUUAUUGCAGAUGCUGUGCCUCCGAAUGAUCAAAACCCUGCUAGUAUUAUGUGGCGCUACCCGGCGAAUCCUGUUCUGAACAAUGAUCAAAUGUCUACAAUCAGCUUUGCUGGUGAGGGAUUACAUUGUGAGAAGAACACAGGUUAUCACUUUGCAUUGAGUGGCCAAGCCUUCGCUGUCAUCUCUGAGCACUUUCCACAACUUCUUCAGAAGAUUCUCCUGAGAGCCACUGUGUUUGCCCGAAUGGCUCCAGAUCAGAAGACCCAGCUGGUGCAAGCCCUGCAGAACAUUGAUUACAUUGUUGGGAUGUGUGGAGAUGGUGCUAAUGACUGUGGGGCCUUGAAGAAAGCACACAGUGGGAUCUCCCUCUCUGAGCUGGAGGCCUCAGCAGCUUCCCCCUUUACCUCCACCGUUCCGAACAUCUCUUGUGUGCCUAACCUCAUCAGGGAAGGCCGCGCCGCUCUUGUCACAUCUUUCUGUGUGUUCAAAUACAUGGCCCUCUUCACCAUCAUCUUGUUCUGCAGCACAACUCUGCUCUACUCGGUUCUUACAAACUUUGGAUUCUACCAGUUUUUAUUUAUUGACAUUGGCGUCACUAUCUUUGUUGUCUUUACAAUGAGCCUAAACCCAGCGUGGAAGAAGUUGGUGAAGCAAACCCCUGAAACCAGCCUGAUUUCCUGCUCAGUGCUCUACUCGCUUAUUUCUCAGAUCUUCAACUGCCUACUGUUCCAGCUUGUGGCUUUUUUUUUAGUGCAACAUCAGAGUUGGUAUGAGCCGCCCAAGUCAAUCCACGAUCCCUUCUCCAAGUAUGACCCAAACGAACUGUCCAACCUCAGUGUAACGCCACCACCUAAAGAAUUGUACGGUGUAAAUUACUUGUAUGCUGACGUCAGGAACUUUGAAAACACCUCCAUCUUCUACGUUUCUGCCUUCCAGUACUUGACUGUAGCAAUCACCUUCUGCAAGGGAAAACCUUUUAGACAACCAUCCUAUAAAAACUGGGCUUUUAUGCUGUCUGUCUUUACACAGUAUGCUUUUUUCCUGUUCGUCUUGCUUCAUCCCAUUCCUGCUAUUGACGAUGUGUUUCAGAUUGCAGAUGUUCCCUACGAAUGGCGCAUCACGCUGCUCAUCAUUGCUUUUGUGCAUGCUGUUGUGUCUUUCCUACUGGAGAUUGUGAAUAAUCGUUGGGGUUGGGCCUACUUCUCCUGGAACUUCUGUUGGAAAAAACGUCAUCCAAAGACUAAAUAUAAGUGUCUGGCUCUGAAGCUGAAAGAUGAGGCUUUUUGGCCUCCUGCACCCUCCACCAUUGCCUAUGCCAACAGCACUCUUCACUUGCACACUUCUGUCUCCCCUUGAUUAAAAAAAAAAAACUAAACAAAAAAAACCCAUUUUCCUUUCA